AUGAAAAGUAAUAAAAAUAAUAAAGAUAAUGAAAAUAAUGUAAAUAAAAAGAGUGAUCAAUUGGGUUUAGAAGGAAAUGAUGAAAAUAGUAUUAUUCCUUAUUAUUUAUCAAAUUUAUUAACAAAUGCAUCAAACCCAGUUGUAUUUAUGGAUGUAAAUUUAGGUAACCACCUUUUAGGAAGAUUUAAAUUUGAAUUGUUUCAAAAUAUUGUUCCCAAAACAAGUGAAAAUUUUAGGCAAUUUUGCACAGGUGAAUUUAAAAUAAAUAAUUUGCCUGUUGGUUAUAAAAAUACUACAUUUCAUAGAGUAAUAAAAGAAUUUAUGAUUCAAGGGGGAGAUUUUGUAAAUUAUAAUGGUAGUGGGAGUUUAAGUAUAUAUGGAGAAAAUUUUGAAGACGAAAAUUUUGAUAUAAAACAUGAUAAGGAAGGAUUAUUAAGUAUGGCUAAUAGUGGCCCUAAUACAAAUGGUUGUCAAUUUUUUAUUAUUACAAAAAAAUGUGAAUGGUUAGAUGGAAAAAAUGUUGUUUUUGGUAGAAUUAUAGAUAACGAUUCUUUGAUUUUACUUAAAAAAAUAGAAAAUGUUUCCGUUACCCCAUAUAUUUAUAAACCUAAAAUUCCUAUUAAUAUUGUAGAAUGUGGAGAACUAUGA